UGUGUACAAUGCGGCCAUUCAUUCUUGCUGGGUGUCCAGACGAUGUCAGCCAUCCAUCCGUCCAAGUCAGGUAUACACCAGAGCGACCCUUUUGCUAAUCACGUCGCUUCUCGCCGUUUGCCUUGUCCAGUCCGCCCUCGUGUUCUCUGCCACCCACGGUCCGACUACUGUACCAUGAUGUGAGCGGGAUACACUUUGGGCACACUUGAGACUCAUUCAAUUCACAGCAGGUUGCUGUUGCUGUCCAUCUCUGCAGGCAAAACACAAACGCGCACAGCACACACACGUAUGACCACAUCACAGAAAAUCCGACUGUAUGUCUCUCUCUCUGUCGCACCCGUCAGUGGCUGCGAGCCAGUAGGGGGCGGCGGGAGGCGAGGGACCUGACAAACAGAAGACCACACACAAAGAAAGAAAUCUCCCCAAGCACCUCACCUCCUCUCCCGGCCAAAUCUACGCCCACCAUUUCGUUGGCAGCGGCCAGUCCCGCCCUUCGCGAGUAUGCCCGCGCCCCGGGGGCCUCGCCGCCCUCCAUGCAGAGCAGGUCGCGCACCUCAUCCUCGGCAGCCGACUUGUUGUCCUCACCGCCACCGCCCCGCCAGCCCACAGAAGCGCCACGUCGGGUGGGGGAGAAGUUCUUGUCGCCACCGGGGCUGCGGUUGGUGGCACCACCACGGAUCUGUGGGGGGUGGAUGGGCAAGAGAGGACAGAGGGAGGGAGUCCAUGUGAGUGAGUGUGUGUCUGAGUGAGUGUUGGGAGAAGAGGGGACAGGGGGGAGAGGGGGAGGGGGUUUGGGUACCGCAGAGUCGCCGAUGAAUGAGAGGUCUGUGUCGUCGUCACCGAAGCCGUCCAUCUGAGUGGCACCUGCAGGGGAGAAAGGACGGGAGAGUUUGUGGUGCAUAACUCGAUGAUGGCGUGCUUGCCCUGCCCACCAGGCCGUUUGCUGCUCCUGAUGACUGUGUAUUUGAUGUGGGCGAAGGGGUCGAACCCUGGAUGGAUGCAGUGCACACAAUGACAGACAUGUGUUGAUGGACGCAGAAACGACACACAAUGGCCGGCCAUGGGACUCACUCACCGUAUCUGCUGAAGAUGCUGCCGUAUUGCGGAUGCCUCGACAGCCAGGUGGAUAUGGCCAGCAAGAUGGCCAGCACAAGCAGAACCAACAAGACCAAAUAGGCACCUGCAUGACAUGAUGCAGAAGGACACAGACACACAGGGGGAAUCAAGCCAAGCCCGCGGAGCCCCUGACUGACGUCAUCCCAAAGACAAAGAAAGACCUUUGCCGAAUGGCGAUGUGUGUGGACAGGGCACUGCCACCGGUGGCGGCACCCAGCCGCCCUCACAGAUGUCCCCCGGUAUCUUGCGGUAAGCACUCUGACGAUCGAUGCACACAGACGGACAGCAGAGCAGAGCAGCAGAGUUUAUAUGGUGUGUUGACGGAAGUGUUAAAGUGGCUGGGUGCGUGACGUGACUUCUCCCACCCCGUAGAAGAUCCCUCCCGAGGUGCAGUUGGCGGUGGUCAGUUUGGGGUCGUCGGGGACGCACUCCAUGCUGCCCACCUGCACUCACACACACAUAGGGAAACACAGAGCUGCACGUCCCAGUCAGUCUGACAGGCUCACCCACCCUCCGUGUGAAGCCCAUCUCGCACUGGAAAUCCUCCUGGGUGCAUGCACACGCCUGUACAGGUACACACACAUAUCGACACAUAUUAGAACGCAUCAGACAGACAUGUGUGUGUGGGUGAGUGCCAUCAGGGAGGAGCUGCUGCCGUGCCGUCUGGCCCACCUUCCUCUCCACAGGACGGUCGAAGUCCCGGCCGUUGAAGCACUCGGAGGUCUGCUUGCGACGAGUGUAGGUGAUCUGACCAGCAGGCAGACAGGCAGGCAGAUAGGCAGGCAGGCAGGCAGGCGGCACACACCAAUCAAGUCACAGAAUCCAUGAGAAUCAGAAUCUUCAUCGUUCGCCCACCAACCUGUCUGCCGAGGACGCAUCGGUCGUUUCGGCGUCCAUCUGUGGGGGUCCAUGUCUCGUAGUCGGACGACACGGAGUCCGCCGCCCACACACCCUACAAACCACACACACACACACACAUACAGAGGGCGGUGCAAAUGUGUGUCGGGGAUGGAGGGAAUGAGUACGCUGCACUGAGGUUGGCCGAGGGCUUUGAAGUCGAGGUAGUACAACACACCCUGACGGACGGAGGGAGGGAACGAUCACACGUGUGCGUGUGCAGGGGUGUAGGAGGUAUGUAUGGUUGCGCCUUACGGUGUCGGCUCUGCUGCCGUAUAGCAGGAACUCCAUGGAAGUCAUGUUGGGCUCAAUCACGAUGUUGUCUACCUGCAAUGCAUCCACAGCCAGCCAUCACCCCCAUUCAUGUGUGCGAAGGGAGAGGGGCUCUCACUGGCUGGCCAUCCACGUGUGUGGUGUGUUUGGUGUGCGACCUCUAGGGGGUAUUGUCCCAGGUCGAAGUCAUACCAGCUCUGACCCUCAUUCCACGAAAAGACCACCUGCAUCGCAUCGACAAGCACAGGCAAUCCAUGUGUGUAUCAGGGAUUAGUGCAUUCCCCACCCACCUGUUUGGUGUAUUUGAUGUCGUCUGCCAUGACGAUGAGGCCGCCGUGGUCGCCAAACUCAUAGAUGUACGAGCCCUUGUGUGCCUCCACCCAGGUCUGCCCGCCGUCUCGAGAAAGGUACGUGUUGACCUGACGCGCCAUCCAUCCAUCCAUCCAACCUAUACCCUCUCCCUCCCUCCCUCCCUCCCUCCCUCUCCCUCUCUCCCUUGCCGCCUGUUUGCAUGCUCACAUCGUCUUGUUCGAAUCUAAGGUGAGGUCCGAUGUUGCCCGUGCCGAUGAUGAGCCCAACGGCGCUGUCGACGGCGUAGAAGGGGGCGUACUUGUGGUGGUUGGUCACGCCAUGCAGGUGCAGCCAGCAACGGUCCGGCGGGCAAUCGAUCUUCUGGCCUACAGGUCGGUCGGCAAACAUGGACUCGUGGCGUGGAUGGCAUAGCAUACAUCGCUCUACGGCUAUGCCAUGGAUGGAGUACCUCGGGAGUCGACGGUGGGCGCCACCAGGUACCUCCACGCCGAACCCUGGCGAAAGCAAACGACGAGAAGUGACGGGUGUGAUUCAUUCGUGCUGCUUCUCAUUGAUGGAGAUGGUUGCGUGGAUGUGUGGGUGCCUUGUCGAAAGAGAUCGCCGUCCGAACCACGUCCUCGCUCUUCGCCUACACCCACCCACCCAUUGGACGCGUCAGCGGAUAGAUGGAUGGAUGGAUGGCUAUGCCUGUCUGCCUGCCUGCCUGCCUGCCUUCGGGUGGGCAGGGCAUGUGCGUACCCUAGCGUCAGGCCCUCGCCUCCGGUCUACUUGUGUCUCGGUGGCCUCAUCCUCCUGCAUAGCAAUGUCACACACAGACAGACAGAGGGAGGGAAUGUGUGUGGUGUUUGUGGUGGCCUGUUUGUGUACUUCCUCUUCGUAGCUGGCGUCCUCCUGCUCCUUGCGGCUCUCAUUGGGCAGCUUCCCCGCACUGAUGCGCCCAUGAAAGAUGCAUAUGUGAUGGGAUGGGAAUCUGUUCUGUGUGGUCACUUGUUGGGGUCGUCUUUGAAGUUGGCAAUAUAAACGCCAUCAAGACUGCGAAUCUGACCACACCACACACAUGUCUCAGGAAGCAUUGAUGGCAUAGGGGCAGGAUGUCAAGGAGAUCACAUACCCGGUCGAAUUCGCAUUCCCCCGCCCUGUUGCGGACGUUGUUUGCGAGGGUCAGGCUGUACCGCAGACCAGCGGCAUCCGACACAUAAACAUUGCCGGUGCCGGUGCGCUCGGCCUGGUCCCCGUGGUUGGCGUGUAUCAUGACGACGCCCGAAGAAGUGUCCAGGAUGGUGUAGGAACGCUCCUGAAGCUCGAGCGACAUCUGAUGAAUAUAUAAUGACAUGCACACGUCGGCACAUAUGAAUGACAACCCCCCGUCGCCCAUCCACAAAGCGUCCACACCGCAGCUUGGUGGAAUGUCUUGGCGCCGUCGUUGCUGACCAUCAUCUUGACCGUCUGCUUCUCAAUGUCGUCCACCUGCACACCCACACAGACAUACAGAGGGGGGAGAGAGUGAUGCAACCAUACCGCCUGUACGUCCAUGUGCGUGUGUGCUCACUGACCACAGCGACGAAUAUGUAUCCGUUAGAGACGAGAAACUUGUUGCCGCCGUGGACCAGCCGGUGCAUGGACUUGCCAAAGUUCUCCGUGUGGGAGAAAUGCACGUCAUGGGACUGCAUCCGCGUGCAUCCACGCAAACAAACACGAAAAAAGACCUUCAUGUGCAUGUAUGACGAGUUCAGAAUCCCACACACGUACCCAAGCGGAGAACUUGGGUUGGUCUCCGUGUUUGUGUCGCCAUGAGGUGACGUAUAUGCGGUCGAAGUGUCCGGACUUGACGUCGCCCCAGGAGAACUGCACCACAUAGGCCGUCACCAGCUCGAACGUUCUCCCCAGGUCCUUGGUCACGUACAGCAUGUGCACACACGGAGACGCUGCACACACACACACACACACACAGCCGCCCUUCGUCAAUCAGUCAACCAACACACACAUCGCGUGUAUGAUGCCUCCGCCAAUGCGUACCGUCUCCGGUGACAAGUGUGAUUGCCUGCCCCCUCUUCUCUUUGCAGCUGUCGGGCCACGUCGACAGCAGCGCCCACGUGGGCCGCUUCGGGUGGAACACCCACGAGUGUAUGGGCGUCCUCUGCUUGAGCCGUCGGAAGGUCCGCGCGGCGUCCUCUGAUAUGAAGUGCGUGUGGUGGCUGCCCACCACCAACACGAUGCUGGGCUGCACCGAGCUGACCACCACGGAAUCCACCAACAUGGAUGCACCGCCCGAUUCCUCAUCUCCUGCACUCACUCACCCAUCGCCAAAUCCCCACACACCGAUGUUCAAACGUCCAUAUAUAAUAGCUAUGGACAUAUAUGUAUAUUCGUUGUACACAUCGUACCGAUGAGGUGUGAGGUGAUUUCUGUCCAGUCCUUGCCGGCGUUGUCGCUUCGGUAGAGUCGCUUCUUGAGGGUCCGCAGCAGGACGGUACGGCGGUCGUGGCCAGCCCACUUGAUGGACUCGAUGGUGCUGUCAAAGCUGGUCUCAGUUAUCAUCACUGCAAAUGCCAAUAUCGACACAUGAGGCAUGCAUCCGUGUGCAUUCCUCGUCUAUUCUUCCAUUCCCUGGCUCAUCGCAUACCUUUCCUCUCGCCGAGCUGAGCACGGACUGGCUGUGGCAGCGCUGAUGCCGCCAACAGCGCGAGGACGCCCAAGGCGAUCAUUUUACGACGCCCAACUGCAGCAAAUGCAUCUAUAUGGCCAUGAAACCAUGCAUUCCUCCUGUUUCCUUACCUACCUGACUUGCCU